UAGCUAGUCGUUGGCGUUGCUCGAAGCAUGAGCUUUUCGCUUCUCCCGCCGCCCCUCUCUCUCUCUAGAAAUCUGGUGCACACGUGAACUCCUAUCUCGAGAAAUACCUCCGCUUCUUCUUCACACCGUACCUCUCUCUGCUUAAUCUUCUCUCCCCCAAACCUACAUCUCACUUUCUCUCUCUAGAUACCAGAGUUUAGUUCCCUUUCUCCCCUCUUUCUCUCUCUAGACACCAGAGUUUAGUUCCCUUUCUCCCCUCUUUCUCUCUCUCUGUCUCAAUCUUGCAUUUCAUCAUUCUUACAAGGACUGCCUGAUCUCUUUCACUUCACAGGUAGAGCCAGUUUUCCUUCAUUUUCAAACCCUUUUCCCGUUUCCAGAGCCACCAUUCCCUCUGUCUCUCUUCAUGUUUUGUUUCCUCAGAAAGCUACACAAAAUGGAAUCGACAUGGCCCCAUUCUCUGCAAUUCCUCCUCUUUUUCUCACUUCUCUUUUCCAUGGCCUUCUCCAAAUCAGUCAUAGAGCCCUGCAACUCAUCAACCUCCUGCAACUCCCUUCUCUCUUAUCUCCUCCCCUCUGAUAUGAAACUCGCAGAAAUCUCCACCAAAUUCAACAUCAACCCAAUUGAGCUAGUGGGUUCAAAUAAUUUAGAUCAACAGACCUCCCAAACUCUUAUUCUCUCUGCAAAAACCACCAUUAAGAUCCCUAUUCAAUGUCCCUGUAUAAAUGGUAUUCGCCAGUCUGUAUCGACACUUUACACUGUUCAACCAAUCGAUACAAUCGAGAGCAUUUGUACUGGUUUUGGAAACCUGGUUAGUCCUGACCAGAUAAAAGCAGCCAAUGACUUGGACAAUUCGUCUAGUUCUCUAGAGAGUGGACAGUCUCUGAAAAUCCCAUUACCCUGCACCUGCUUCAAUAACACUGAUAAUGGGGUCACUGCUUUGUAUUUAUCUUAUGUUGUUAGAGAAGGGGACAGUUUGGAUAGCAUUGCUGGAGCUUACGGGACUACAGUUACAGAUCUUGUGGGUGUGAACAAAUUGGGGAGCCCUUCUAUUGAUCCUGGUGAUAUACUUGCUAUUCCAAUCUCAGCUUGUUCGUCAGCCAACAUGAACCUAUAUAAUGAUAGUCUUCUUGUGCCAAAUGGGGGCUAUGCAUUGACAGCUGGUAAUUGCAUCUUUUGUAGUUGCGGACCAAGAAAUUUAAGUCUUCACUGUGUACCAUCUGCUCUAUCUGCCUCGUGCCCGAAUCUUCAAUGCAAGGGGAACAAUCUUUUUAUCGGAGAUGUAGAAGAGGAGCUAAUGGGAACUGGCUGUAAUGUGACGACAUGUUUAUAUCGUGGUUAUGUCAACCACAAGGUUCUUAGCAGUUUGUCAAACACUUAUCGAGCCCAAUGUACCAGUAACCAUAGUAAUCCUUUGUCGCCAUCCUUACCUCCAAGUUCAAUUGGCAUUCCAUCAGUGCAUGUGCUUCCUUCGCUUGCACCAGCUGCUGCUGCUCCAUUUGCAGGGCAUGGUUUUGGUUCGGGGCCAACAGCUGUUCAAAUUGCUAGCUCUGCUACUGUGUCUACUAGGACAUCUAACUCUGCUCCUUUUAUUCUCGUUUUUCUUUUGGCAUUAAUGCUUGUGUUUAUUCCUUUUGACCCAAAUGUAUAUUCAUGAAGGUUUUCAUUUUUGUUCCGUGCAAGUCAUUCUUUUUGGUA